AUGAUCCUACGAUGUGGAUGGAGACGGCGGCUAUUCUCUACAGCAUGCCGAUUGAAGACCACCAAAACCUUAGAAGAGAAAAGAAUUGCAUUGAAUAAAGAAAACUUCCGUUUAUCCGUACAAGAUCGGAUCAAUAGAAUCCCCAUAGAAAAUUAUAGGAACUUUAGCAUAGUGGCCCACGUUGAUCACGGGAAGCUGACAUUAUCGGACCGACUUCUAGAGCUCACCGGAGUCAUCCAACCUGGGUCAAAGAACAAACAAGUGUUGGACAGACUCGAAGUUGAACGAGAAAGAGGUAUCACCGUGAAGGCUCAGACAUGUUCUAUGAUCUAUCACAAUCCUCAAAAUCAACAAGACUAUCUAUUGCAUUUGGUCGACACUCCAGGCCAUGUUGAUUUUCGGGCCGAGGUAUCGAGAUCUUAUGCUUCAUGUGGAGGUGCUCUCUUAUUGGUUGAUGCUUCACAGGGAGUUCAAGCUCAAACGGUGGCUAACUUUUAUUUGGCUUAUAGUAUGGGACUUAAAUUGAUCCCUAUUAUCAACAAGAUUGAUAUGGAUGCUGCGGAUAUCCCCAAGGCCAUGGAUCAAGUAGAAUUGACUUUUGAACUCCCAAGAGAAGAUUGUAUACCUGUAAGUGCUAAGACUGGUCUAAACGUCGAGAAGAUUAUCCCUUCUAUUAUAGAGAAGAUACCUUCUCCAGCGGGGAAAGUAGACCAUCCAAUGAAGGCGUUAUUGGUGGAUUCAUGGUACGAUUCGUAUCUUGGAGUAGUCAUGUUGGUUCAUGUUGUAGAUGGUUCCAUUAAAAAGGGAAUGAAACUUCUUUCUGCUCAUUCCAAUAAACGUUAUGAAGCAAAGGAAGUGGGCAUCAUGUACCCUCAUAUGAUUCCAAUGGACUCGAUUAAAGCCGGUCAAGUUGGUUAUAUAGUUCCCGGGAUGAAGGAUGCCCGUGAAGCUCUUAUAGGUGAUACUUUCUUCCAACAAGGUAAAAGUGAAGGUUUAGAACCUUUACCUGGUUUUGAAGAACCUAAACCAAUGGUCUUUGUGGGUGCGUUCCCAGCAGACGGAACGGAGUUCAAAGUUAUGGAUGAUCAUAUGAAUAAUUUGGUUCUUAAUGAUCGAUCUGUUACUUUGGAGAAGGAAACUUCCAAUGCCUUAGGACUCGGUUGGAGAUUGGGAUUCCUUGGCUCAUUACAUGCUUCAGUUUUUCAAGAACGUUUAGAAAAGGAAUACGGAGCUAAGAUCAUUUUAACUUCUCCAACAGUACCCUAUAAGAUUUUGUAUAAAGAUGGUAAGGAAUUGACCAUUACCAACCCUUCUGAGUUCCCAGAUAUCAACAAUGAAAAGCAAAAGAUAGAAGCCCUUAUGGAGCCCUUUGUCAUGGCAAUAAUGACUAUACCUGAAGAAUAUAUAGGAGUGGUGAUGUCCUUAUGUGAAAACAAUAGAGGUAUUCAAAAGGAAUUUGAAUAUUUAACUACGGGUCAAGUGUUACUUAAAUAUGAAAUUCCUUUAGCUCAUCUAGUUGAGGAUUUCUUUGGUAAACUUAAAGGUUGUACCAAGGGAUAUGGAUCACUUGAUUAUGAGGAUGGUGGCUAUAAGAAAGCCAGUAUUGUGAAGAUGGAAUUAUGUGUUAAUGGAGUUCCUCAAGAUGCCUUAACUCAGAUUAUGCAUAAAAGUCAAAUCAUGGAAAGAGGGAAAGCCAAUGUAGUAAGAUUUAAAGAGUUUCUUCGAUUUCAGUUAUUUGAAGUUGCAAUUCAAGCUCGUGUUGGCAAUAAAAUUAUUGCUAGAGAAACCAUUAAAGCUAAAAGAAAAGAUGUUACUCAAAAGUUACAUGCAGCUGAUAUUUCCAGAAGAAAGAAAUUGUUAGAAAGACAAAAGGAAGGGAAGAAACAAAUGAGAGCUUCUGGUAGAGUUUCAAUUGGACAUGAAACUUUCCAAGCUUUCCUUCGAAAAAAUGAAUGA